CAGACAGUCAGGGAUAUUGUAGAGAAUGCUAUGGGUCGACUGACUUAAUUAGUCAGUGUCAAGUCUACGUUACACUUGUCUGUGUGUCGAUGCGAUUUGAGUCUAGCGCUGUCCCGCGUUUGUGCUUGUGCUUCGUCCAAAGUCGCGGUUUCGAAAGGUGAGCAAGUACGACAACACAGGGCGGACGAUCAAUAGAAAGACAGUGAAGAGUAGACGAUAAAUCCACCAUGACGUGAAUGAUGUUCACUUUCGCCUGAGCUACUGUUCAGACUUCUUGCAACACUGUAUCAUCAUCCCAUUGAUUUCUUUCUGUAUGAACCCAUACAUCGCAUUAAGAUCUAACACCUGCGCCCGCUCUUUGCGCGCAAAUCGACUCCCGAGUCGUUAUCAUGUUGCAACUAUUGCGAAUGGCUCUGUGAGGCGAUACACAGAUGUGGCAACGCGACAGAAAGAUGGUGAUGAUGGGCAAGAUGGGCAGAGAGAAGCAGAGAAGACUAGUAAUGAGAGGUUAGAAGGGCAAGAGGCAGAAGAAGGAGCAUUGACGCGAAGACUGCGGGAGAUGAGUGAGGAGGCUUUGGAGAGUGGAGGAUCAGGCGCCCGUAAAGCCGUGGAAGACGCCGGCUUCAGUCCAGAACUCAAGGCAAUCCUGGAAUCCCGCAUUGCUGCCGCCAACCUUGCGACGUCUGAAGCAGCCAUCCCCUCGUUGGCCCCUCGCCACUCUCGCGACCUUGCCGCCACCGCAGCAUGGACGGGCACCGAGUCGAUCCACGACGCCAGCCUGCGCAUGUUGAACGAUGCCCACAAGCCCAUGCGACUGGGGAGGCCACCGAGGGCUCCGGGGCCUAGCGUGCCUCUACCGCGAUCCGUGGAUACAGGUCACAAGAAGAGUCGCGCGGCGGCGGGCAUCAGACUGGCAAACGCCCGGGACAGGAGUGGUCUGUACUCGAGUCUCAAGGAAGACGACGAAUCUGAGCCCUCGGAGCGCGAGAGACGGCUCCAGGACCUCAAGGAUAGAUUCGACCCCAACGCACGCGCCAUCAUCCCCGGCACAAUACAGGGCCUAGCAUCGCUGGCGAACAAGAAAAUUGAGGAUGCCAUCGCACGUGGUCAGUUCAAGAACAUCCCUCGCGGCAAAGGGAAGAACGUGGAAAGGGACUACAACGCGAACAGUCCUUUCAUCGACACGACCGAGUAUUUCAUGAACAAGAUCAUUCAGAAACAGGAGAUCGUGCCGCCGUGGAUCGAGAAGCAGCAGGAGCUCACGUCAGCGGCGAACAAGUUUCGAGGUCGAUUGCGCUCUGAAUGGAAGAGGCAUGCUGCGCGGAUCAUAGCGAGCAAGGGCGGGUCGUUGCAGGACCAGGUGCGGCGAGCGGAGGCAUACGCGAAGGCAGAGCUCGUCGCGAACCCACUCAAGAAGAAGCAGGAGGUUCUAACUACAGUGGAUAAUCAAGGUCAAUUGUCACAGAUUUCGCUGUCCGGCGAACUCAAAGUAGCCUCGCCAUCUGCAAACUCGCCAGAUGGCGAAGCAACAGUCACCGAAGAAAUUGUCGCUGAAAAGAUUACACUCGACCCAUCGUUAGAGCCCAACGACCAGCUUUCGUCAACUCUACCAACCUUAGAGACCUCUACGCAGACCAUUGAAGUCCCUCUUCCCACCGCUCCCUCAUAUGUUCCCCCAGCGCCCUUCCCCUUCCGCGACCCGGACUGGGAGCGCAUCGAAUCUGGCUACCACGCUGUUGUCAUCAAAGACCUUAACGACAAAGCGCGGUCAUACAAUCUCCAGGCACCCGACCUUGCAAAAAAACCAUACUUCAACCUCCAGCGCGAACUAAACGCUUGUUUUGCCGACGUCGCGCCGCAAUUGGCUGAAGCGAUCCUUGACCGCGCGCGUAAACCAGUCAAGAAAAUGGAGAGCUUCGGGCUGAAUACAGGAGAGAAAGGAUUUUUGGGAAGCUUGGGAGGAGGCCCGGUGAGGGUCAGAGACGAGCGAAGAGAGAAACAGUACGGAUUCAAGCAAUUCUGGAACGAGUUGUGGGAGGACAAAUCUAAGUCGUCAUACUGAACAUGGACACACACCAACUACCGCCAACAAGCAACCAUGCAAUCACCGAUUACCUGCCGCCACCCCCCAAUACCCGCCCGCGGACACUACUUGGGUACCUCCCUUUGCGAUACCACUUCUCCGGAUCAAACCGCUGCCGGCAUGUGUGUCUGGAACAUUGCGCUUUGUUUUUCCGCACCAUCACUCAGCGAGCUGCAUGUGCAUAUGCAUUGGAUCAAGGUUGAACUGGCGAAUGAUCAGCGCAGACGCCGGUACCGAGGGCUUGGGUUUCGAUAAUGCAUGAGCGGCAAUUCUAACAUCAUAGACAUAACUCUCGUGGAUUUGGGAGGUGGUGA